AUGGGUGAGGACACCUGCUCUCACGGCCCACUUCCUUCAUUCGAGAGCACGUCCUUCUCUCUUCAUAAAAAGAGAGAUAGAGAAACAAACAAAAUAAUCUCACUUUGUGUGAAAUGUGUUCCCUUGGUAACCAACACUUCCCUGCUGAAGCUCAACCUCAGAGAUAAUUGGAUGGAAGGGAUGGGCGGGGCCGCCAUGUUAAAGGAGAACUGUUACAUCACAGGUGGUGCUCUUCCAACCUCCGCUCCGAGGCCCCAGGGGGCUCAGGGGGGCGGCAGCGCCACCCACACCCACCUGUGUGCCACCCUCACCCCCUGCCACCCUGGUUGUGCCUCGACACCUAGGGUCCUAUUUAACAUUGUCAGCGUCUAGCUAGCGCCACACACAGUUCAUGUUCCAGGGGAGAGGAGUGAGAGGAGAGCGAGGGUUGUUAUUUUUACAUAAAGGACCCUGGUUGGCCCUUAAGGGUCUUUUAUAUCCACCAUCAUUAAAUUUUAGUCAUUUAGCAGACGCUCUUAUCCAGAGCGACUUACAGUUAGUAAGUGCAUACAUUUUUAUUUUUAUUUUUUCAUACUGGCCCCCAGUGGGAAUCGAACCCAUAACCCUGGCGUUGCAAACGCCAUGCUCUACCAAUUGAGCUACAUCCCUGUGUAGCAUUUCAAUGGUCCUAAUUGCACAACUAAUAACUGUCAUUCCCAAUGCCUUAAUGACACUGCUGCUAGAAUAAUAGGUUAACUGCUGACAAGGAGAAUGGAGAAAAUGAUCAACACGUAGAUAUCUGCUAAAUUCAGAUCACGUUAGGUUUUGACCAUUGCAUUAAGGAGCUCCAUUUUACCUAGAAACAUCAAGACAGGAACAGACAAACAGAAUGCCUUAGCUCCACUGUAACUCGCCCUGCUUGACCUCAGUGUGUUCCCCUGCCAGAGGUUGACCUGGGGGAGAACAGACUGGGGGAGCAUGGUGCCCGGACCCUUUCCAUUAUGCUCCUGGAGAACACCACUCUGGUCUCACCUCUCCAGGAACGAGCUGCCUGACAGGGAUACACAGCACCUGGCUCAGGCCCUGACCUCCAACACCAAACUGGAGACACUAGAUCUCAGUCACAACACCAUGGGAGAUGUAGCAGGUAGGGUUUGGGUACAGUGUGUGUGUGUGUGUGUGUGUGUGUGUGUGUGUGACCUUAACCACAACACCCUGGGAGAUGUAGCAGGUAGGGUAGUGUGUCUUGGGUGGGGUGAGAUGAGGUGCUGAAUGGAGAGGAACUGUGCAUUUAUAAUUAGAACAGUAGUGGUCCAAGAGAGCCUUGAGGAACACCUAAAAUGUGCUAAAGAACAUACCCAGCCAUCACCCUCGUCUUAAGGUGUCUCGAGUCGAGGAGACAUAAAGUUCGGACGUCUUGAGACACUUUGAAAGAGUAUAACAAAUUACAAAAUAGGAAUAAAAACAUGACAUCUUCCUAUUCUUAUGGACAAGGACUUUUUCCAUUAAAAGAAGAUUAUGUCCUCGAGUCUCACAGUUAAACAUAAAUGACUGUUACAAAGAAGCCUGGAUUACAGUCUCCACCCCACCAUCAGUCACCUCUGGUACAGUUCACAGCACAUGGCUGUUAAAUAAACAAAUGUAUGUAAUCCGCUAUAACUCACCCUGACUGCACAACAAAAGUGAAUCACUUCAAUUUCAAAGGUCUCAAUUUCCUAAUCAAUCCCUCGAUGCAAGCGUGUUUCUCAGCUUUAAUAAUAUCCGUUGCAGACAACUGAAAAGACUGCAGUCAGUGAUGAUCAUUGAGUUCAUAAAAACGCAUGCACGUACACACACACACACACACUCGUGGUGACAUAUUGAUGCAGAGCAGUCAGCCACAGACCACAGCUUUUGUAGCAGAUUGUGGCAUUCAAAGGUCAAGAAAUCUCCUUCAUUCAAAGCCCACUCAAUUAGGACGUGGAUGAGAUUUGUGACAUAAACCUUCUGGGGCUGACGAUGAGUGAAUGACAGACCAGACUGUGCGGCUUCAGACAAUAUCUGCGUAAUUGAAACAGAGAUAAUUGCUUCGUUUAAGGAGGGGGAGAGGAACCAUCUCCAUGGUAUUGUUAUUUUGGUGCUUGUUGGUUGUCCCUGCACCAAAACUCCAGUAUUUUUCCAUCAUAGCUUGUUCUCCAUCUUCGUUCUAAAUAGGGAGCCAAAAAACGUGUUUUCUUAUGGCUCUCUCUUGUCCCUGUGCAGCAGACAUAUGGUGAGCAAUAUGUUUGGAACAUCGAAUCACAAUAAAAUCACAGUACCGAAUCGCAAUACAUAUAGAAUCGUGAGAAUUGCAAUACAUAUCGUAUCGGCACCUAAGUAUCUUAUCGUGAGGUCCCUGGCAAUUCCCAGCCCUAAUGAUUAACUGUGUCAAUCAAGAUAUACUGACAUUUUAUUAAUUUACCUUUGACUGUUAUUGCCUUUCUUACGGUCUUCUUCGCCACGUUAGGUAAAUAGAAAGCCAUCACUGUCUAUAACGGUUAAUAUCAUGUGUUGGAAGGAGCACCACAACAUUCUAUCCAAGCUGGGAGAGAGCGUGAGGACGGCUCAUGUCAUACAGGCUCAGGUAGCCUAUACAGGACAGUUGUAUAUUCAAAAAUAAUCUAUUGGUAGCUGAUUAGUAUGCUGUUGCAUUGAAAAUACAUUUUACAAUCUGCAUUAUUUAAAUGUCCAACUUUAAUUACUGAACAAGUCAUUACAUUAUUGCCGCCAGCCAGCAGUCUAAAUGUCAGCAUUGCGUCACAUUACGCCAGUGCACCUAGUCCUCACCGUUUGAACGCCAGAGGCCAAAGAAAGCAUAAUGACCUAUGACAGAUAAUUGUUCACCCAUAUAUAUGAACUUGUAAAUGAAAAUGUAUCGAAUCUUUUUUUAGAUGAUUCGCUGAGCUUAUUCUUCAUUCAUUGCUUAUAAUCUUUCUCCUUUAAUGUCCUAGGCCAACAUAUUCCUGGGAACACUAGAUCUGUCCUAUAAUGGUCUGGGGAAGGAUGGAGCCGUAGCUUUAGGACAGGCUCUAAGAGAAAACCCUCUGGAGGACAUCAAUAUAAGGUACAAGGGUUUCUGUCUGCUGUGCUUAUACACUUUUCUCAACUAUUUUUUUUUUUUGUCAUUUAGCAGACACUCUUAUCCAGAGCGACUUACAGUUAGUGAGUGCAUACAUUUUUUCUUUCAUACUGGUCCCCCGUGGGAAACGAACCCACAACCCUGGUGUUGCAAACGCCAUGCUCUACCAACUGAGCUACACGGGACUAUGUAAGAACGCCCUUUGAAAGGCAACAGUUUUAUUUUGCUUGCCUCACACACCCAACACCUAUUUUUGUCUCUCCCCCACAGUAACAAUCGUGUACCCCCUGAAGGUGCGAUCCGCUUCGCCAUGGGCCUCCAAGUAAACAAGACAAUCAAAACACUCAAUGUCAGUCAUAGAAAAGAGAAUGGCUGUAGUUUGGAAAUCAGCAGGGGACAUAUGUGA